AUUAUAACUAUGCAUGCGUACGUAUAUCAACAAUAUUUAGUAUAUAUCAUUGAAAUUCCAUUAUUGCUACCCACUAAUUUUUAUUUGUACAAAGCUAUUCCGUUUCCUAUGAAGGAUAAAACAACAGAGAAAUUCAUUUUUAUAGCUCCCCAAAAGGAAUUUAUAAUUACGGAUGCAUUAAGAAAGCAGUACGGCAAAAUGAAUUAUGACGAGUUGAGUGUAUGCCUUAUGACCAAUGAAAUUACUUAUGUUUGCAAAAAUACUAUACUUUUGUCUAACUACGUGCCAGGAGAGGAUUGUGAAGCCAGUAUGUUGCAUCCAUCGUCCCAGAAGAUCCCAGACUCAGUAUGUGAAAUAAAGUUGAUAUCCUUAUACCAUACUUAUUGGAUCCCAUUACAACUUAGCAACCAAUGGCUCUACACUUCUCCUUCCACGGAACGAGUCACAAUUUUGUGUGAAGAUAAUACUCCACACUAUGUAUAUGCCGAAAAUAGAGGGAGAAUGACCCUCCGAUCAAGGUGCAAAGCUUAUACUUCGCACGUUACACUAUAUGCAUCCACAAAAUUGACAAUGGUUAGUAAUGUAUCGAAAGAUUUUAUACCUGAAGUGAACUGGGGCUUUGACUGUUGUUUUGACGAGCAUGAAAAGAAAAAGCUCGAUGAAAUUAAAUUAGAUAUUCCUUUGAAUAAUGUCAUGUCAUCAAUAGAUGAUUUGAGAAUAGCAAGUAUUAAGGUGGAUGAUGUUAAACAAAUGAUAAACAAACAAGAACAAGUAGAUUAUUCCAAAUAUUACAAACACGUUGUAACUGGUGGAAUUUCAAUUGGAACUAUGGUUAGUGUAUGUUUAUGUUGCUAUUGUUGUAAAGGUUGUCGGCAAGGCUUUUUCUGGUGUUGGAGAAAAAUAAAUCCGAAAGGUGCUUACGAUGAUUGUGUGAAUGGAUGUAAAAAGAUUACAAAUUCAUUUAAUAACCCUCACCAUAAUACAAUCAUCGCACCCAAUGUGCAUACAUUAAAGAUUCAGGAUAAAGAUGAAUUAACUCAUGCACUAACUCAAUCCUUAAUUGAGUUAGACAAGAUUGGGAUAUGUAAGCAUGAGACUUUCAGAAAUUGCCUUCCGAACCAACUAGUGAGGAAGAUAUAA